CAGGAAGGACCUAACCCAUAGCAGUUGAUCCUGUUUGCAGGAAGCAGGUCACAUGUAACACUAGGAACACAUGCCAUUCAACAAGAGCAGCCAUGGAGAGCUUGCGACUGGAUUCAGUGUUGCUGAGAGUGGAUUUUAGAUUUUGGCAUGUGAUCACAGCUUUGCUACCUCUGGGCAGUUUUCUGUCUGCUGUAUUCUUAGCACUGUGGUUACACUUUGAGUCAGCUACAGGAACACACUGUGGGGUUGCCAACUAUCUGCCGUCCAUCAGUGCAGCGAUAGGAGGCCUGACGCCCGAGCGGUACAUCUGGCGGACCGGCAUCGCCCUGCACUCAGCACCGCGGUACAUGGUCACACUCAUGUACUACAACUUCUACAGGAGCAGGAGUGCUACACCUGCAGUCUGGUACCAGCUGCUGUACAAGUUAACGUGUCUCUUAAACGUUGUGGAGGUCUCUAGUCUGGUGGUGCUCACAUAUGUAUCUUCAACAGAGAACCCUGAUAUCCACGAGGUUUCUUUCAUCUCAUUUGUGGUGUGUUCAGAGGUGUACAUGUUCCUCACAUGUCUACUCUUGAAAUGGUCAGCAUUUAAACCUAUGUCAGAACAGGAGCAGCAGUCUCUACGUUGGAAAACCGUGAUGUUUGUGGCCAAUGUUACAUCUUUCCUGACAUCAGUUUACUUCUACUUCAGACAUAACUGGUACUGUGAACCAGGAGUCUACACCAUGUUUGCUCUUUGCGAGUACGUAGUGGUGGUGACAAACAUCGCUUUCCACUAUACAGCUGUACUGGACUUCCCAACAUUCUCAGUCAUCGUGGGCAGUGCAACAGAGAGCAAGAACAGUUGACAAGACUGCUAACUCAAACUGCUAUAGUUAUCUAUUACAUGUAAUAUUCUUAGGAGAAAAAUUAGGCCUAUGGUAACAUUUUGUAGCAUUUUGAUGUUAUAACUAUACCACAUACAUGUACAAGUUAGUACUUUUGCUGUGUAUAAAGAACCCUAAAGCGCAGGUCAAUUUAUUGACAUCCUUUCUGUUCAUUGCUACAGUGCAGAUGUUUGUAAAUAAUUUUGUACAUUGUAUUAUGUUGUUAUAUGUAUGCCAGUGUUAGCAUAUGCAGUGUUUAGAUAAAGCAUUCAACUAUUGCAGCAAAAUUCCAGCAUGGCUAAGCAUGGCUAGGAGAGAGAGAUAUUUUUUGC